CCAAUUUCCUCGCGAAGAAUUUCAAACCCAUCAUCCGUCUCAUUGAAGAAAGAACAGAACGGGCUCAGAGACGAAGCAAUUCACCGAUGUCGUCGACGAUCUUCUAUAGAUUCCGCUCGCAGAAGAACACGUCCAGAAUACUCUUCGACGGGACGGGCAUAACGGUGUUUGACUUGAAGAAGGAGAUAAUCAACGAUAACAAGCUUGGUGACGGCACUGGGUUUGACCUGCGGUUGUACAACAACGAUACGAAUGAGGAGUAUACUGACGACACGCUUGUGAUUCCACGUUCCACAUCGGUGAUUGUGAGACGCUCGCCUCCUUCGAGACCAGGGAAGGGAACAGGUGCGCGCUACGUGACGGGGAAGCCUCGUAUCACUAAAGUUACUCUGAAUAACAACACCACCAAUGGCGGUCAGCAGGGCAUCACCGGCGGCGGCAGCGCCGAUUUUGGCGGUGUGAGUGGUAGUGCAGCUGUAGAUAGUCAGCUAUCGGAACAGGAUCGUAUCAAGAUGAUGUUUAUGAACCAAAGCGAUCAGUGGAGAGAGGCCCAGCAGACAAUGGCGAAUGCCACGCCGGUGUUCAACAAGCCGCAACCUUCAGCAGCAACGACAGGAAAUAACCCAGAUGACGUGCCUCCACCAGGUUACAUGUGCUAUAGAUGUGGGUCCAAAGACCAUUGGAUCAAGAAUUGUCCAACGAAUAACGAUCCUAACUGGGAAGGCAAGAGGAUCAAGAGAACCACGGGUAUCCCAAAGACGUACUUGAAAACAGUUGAAAAGCCUGAGGAUGAUUCGUCAAAGACCUAUCUUAUGAACGAGGAAGGCCAAUACGUUGUCCAAGUUGCAGAUUCUAAAACAUGGGGUGAGUACCAAAAAAGAGCUAAUAAGACGAACGAGUUGGACUUGUUGAAAGAUGUUGAUGUUGAACUGCUAGACCCAAUCACGGGGAAAGUGAUGAAGGACCCAGUGACAACUCCGUGUUGUGGUAAAAAUUACUCAAGAGAUACCAUUGAGGAUAUACUCCUCGAGAAAGACCUCGUGUGUCCAAAUUGCUCCAAGCCUGAUCUCUAUCUCGACACUUUGAAGCCAAAUGACGACUUGAAGCAAAAGAUUGACGAAUUGUUGGAACAAGAGAGGGAGAAGCGAGGCAUCAAGAGAACAACCGGAGUGGAAUCAGGAGGUGAUGCAAAGAGACCGAAUCUAACAGGACCACAGAUGCCAAUUCCUAUGAUGCCACCUUUUGGAUUCCCGUUCGUGAUCCCUCCAACAAACCAGGCGCAACCUCAACAGUCAAACGAGUGAAUACACUACAGCAUAUAAACAACGACAGUAACACUCUAUUAAUCUAAUACCCUCGUAUCCUAAUGAGCAGCACCAUCUGCGUAACUGAUAACGGCAUAUUUACCAGAGUACAACCAGGAUAGCUUGUUGUCGUUGGUCUUUCCCCAUUCUUCAGUGAUAUCUUCGUAGACACCUUCCUUCAGCCCUAACAAGACGUCAGCCUUAACUGUUCUCAAGGAUAGGAUCUUCAAACCAGAAGUUGC